AUGGGUAGCGCAAUUUCUGAGGUACAACAAGGACCAAUGGAGGGUAUUCUGAUGCAGUUUUUGAUUGAUUCCGAGGCUUUGCACAUGAGAGAUUUGACUUUAUUGCAGAACCCGCAGGCUGUAACAGAAUUGCCUGUGGUCAUGGCUAAUAAUCAACCAGCGAAAGUGAGAGAGGUUGCAGUGCAUCGUGUGGUGGAUGUCACUUCAAGCAUUGUCAAGCCCACCAUCGAAGGGCACAAGCAUCCUAUGAUUCAACUACUUCACUCUAGUGGGAAAUUCACGGGAAUGUCGCAUGAGGAUCCUCAGCGUCACAUCCAUACUUUUCUACAGAUUGUCGAUACUUUUGCUACUGGAAGGGUCACUAAAGAAUAUAUGCGGCUGACACUGUUCCCCUUUUCUCUAUUGGGGAAUGUAAGUAACUGGUUAUUAGCAGAGCCCGCCAAUUCUAUCACUACGUGGGAUGACUUGGCGACGAAAUUCUUAACAAGGUUCUUUCCACCAGCAAAGACAGCUCGCCUCCGAAGGGAGAUCAUGUCAUUCAGGCAGAAAAAUGGAGAAAAUUUGUAUCAAGCCUGGGAGAGGUUUAAGGGUCUUCUCAGAGAUUGUCCUCAUCACCAUCAAACGAAUGAAGUUCUGGCACACACAUUUAUUGAGAGUCUGAAUGCCCAACAUAAGUCAUUACUAGACACUGUUGCAGGAGGGCAGACUCUUGAUCUAAGCUAUGGAGAACUAUUCACAUUAUUGAACAGGUUUACUCAGAGCACUUCAGACUGGCAUGAUGAUGCAGCUAGCAGUUCAAUUAGGAAGGCACCGGGUGUCUUUGAAGUAGAUAAUUUUACAACACUAUCAACACAGAUUGAUGCCAUGCGCACUGAAAUCAAGAAGUUAACUGUUGCGCAAGCUCCACCACAGGUGCAUGCAGUGCAACAAGCCUUCGUUUUUUGUGGAGUCUGUGGAGAAGGUCACAACAGUGAUGAAUGUCCUGCAAAUCCCGCAUCCAUAUACUUUGUGGGUAAUGCAAGCAAGAGGCAAGGAAACAAUCAAUACGGGAAUUCCUACAACCCAAAUUGGAGGAAUCAUUCGAAUUUCAGGUGGAGUGACAACCCAGACCAGCAGAAGUUGAUAGCAGAUAAUCAGAAUCGUGAUUUGGCUGUGCGAAAUUUAGAGAGACGGAUGGGACAUAUAGCUGGUGCACAAAAUACUAGACCACAUGGAGGACUUCCAAGUGAUACGGAUGUGAAUCCCAACCUUGUAAUGCUGUGA